AUGGACAUCAAACCUGAGACUGAGACCGAAAUCUCUUCUUCAAUGGCAAACCCUAACCCUAACCCAGAAACACAACCAACGUACACCGUUCAUCACUUAACGACUCCGCCCGGGUUAACCCAGGACGAGUUUGAUGAGCUAAAAGAACACGUCGUGGAGUUCCACACGUACCAACUAAGCCAAAACCAAUGCUCCUCUCUGCUAGCGCAGCUCAUAAACGCCCCGGACGACGUCGUAUGGUCGAUAGUGAGGCGUUUCGACAAGCCCCAGGCAUACAAACACUUCAUCAAAAGCUGUUCCGUGGCAGACAACUUCCAAAUGGUUGUGGGGUCCACCAGGGACGUUAACGUCAUUUCGGGGCUACCGGCGGCGACCAGCACGGAGAGGCUUGACAUUCUGGACGACCAGAGACGGGUGGCGGGGUUUAGUAUUAUCGGAGGUGAACAUAGGUUGAGGAAUUACAGGUCCGUGACAACGGUGCAUGGUUUCAAGCGGGACGGCAGGAUCUGGACCGUUGUUUUAGAAUCUUACGUCGUUGAUGUGCCUGAAGGGAACACCGAGGACGACACGCGUCUCUUUGCAGAUACGGUGGUGAAGUUAAACUUGCAGAAGCUGGCAUCUGUCGCUGAAGGGUUGGCACGGGAUGGUCAGGUGACAUGAAAGCAAAAGAAAAAGAAGAAAGCAAAAAAAAUUUCAAAAUCCAAAAAAUGCUGCUGCUUUUUUUUCAUUUUCUUUUCUGUUCUGUGAUUAUUUCUUUUUCUUCUUUUUUUUUUUAAUUUAAUUUUUUUAAAGCUGUUGUGAAUCACCGGAAAUAUCCUUCUUGUCAAUAGUUUUGACUGAUCUGCCACGUGAUUUCACAUGUAUAAUGUUGGAAUUACGAUUACAAUGAAAUGGCAUUUGAGUCAAUGGCCAAUGCAUGUGUACAGAAAUGUUUAAUUCACGCUUAAUUAUCUUAAUUGG